CCCGAGCCGCCGGGGACCCCCGAGCCCACGCUGCCCUACGAGGCCAUCCCGCGCAGCGGGCGCAGCGCCUGGCUCAACCUGUACCGCGUCUGGAGGAGCGACGGCUUCCGCCGCUUCCACCACAUCUUGCAGGGCAACUUCCAGCGCUACGGGCCCAUCUACCGGGAGACGGUGGGCACCUACGACUGCGUGAACGUGCUGCUGCCGCAGGACGCGGCCCAGCUCUUCCAGGCCGAGGGGAUCUUCCCGCGGCGCAUGGGCGUCGAGGCGUGGGUGGCGCACCGCCACCUGCGCAACCACAAGUGUGGCCUCUUCCUGCUGAAUGGGGAGGAGUGGCGUGCAGACCGGCUGGUGCUGAACAAGGAGGUGAUCAGCCCCGCGGGCGCCCGCAAGUUCCUGCCCCUCCUCGACGCCGUGGCCCAAGACUUCACCGCCCUCAUGCACCGGCGCGUCCAGCGCAGCCCGCGGCGCUCGCUCACCGUUGACCUCUACCACGACCUCUUCCGCUUCACCCUGGAGGCCAGCACCCACGCGCUGUACGGGGAGCGGCUGGGGCUGCUGGAGGAGAGCCCCAACGCAGAGUCGCAGCGCUUCAUCGGCGCCGUGAAGACCAUGCUGCAGACCACGCUGCCCCUGCUCUUCCUGCCCACCCGCCUGCUGCGCUGGGCCAACCACCGCCUGUGGCGCGAGCACAUCCACGCCUGGGACACCAUCUUCCAGCACGCCGACAAGUGCAUCCAGCACAUCUACCAGGAGUUCUGCCUGGGGCAGCCGCACAAGUACUCGGGCAUCAUGGCCGAGCUGCUGCUGCAGGCCGAGCUCCCGCUCGACUCCAUCAAGGCCAACAUCACCGAGUUCACCGCCGGCGGCGUGGACACGACGGCCGUGCCGUUGCUCUUCACCCUCUUCGAGCUGGCGCGCAACCCCAGCGUGCAGGCCGCCCUCCGGGACGAGAUCGUGGCGGCCGAGGCCCAGGGCCCCCGGGAGCUCCCCAAGCUGCUCAACUCCCUGCCGCUGCUUAAGGCCGCCAUCAAAGAGACCCUCCGGCUGUACCCCGUGGGCAUCACGGUGCAGCGCUACCCCACCAAGGACGUGGUGCUCCAGAACUACCGCGUGCCGGCGGGAACCAUGUGCCAGGUAGCUCUGUACGCCAUGGGGCGCAGCCCGGCCGUGUUCGUGCAGCCCCUGCGCUACGCGCCCGAGCGCUGGCUGCGCAAGGACGACCACAGCUUCAAGGCGCUGGCCUUCGGCUUUUGCGGCCCCCCCGUGCGCCGCCAGUGCAUCGGGCGCCGCUUCGCCGAGGCCGAGAUGAUGCUCUUCCUCAUGCACAUGCUGCGCAACUUCAAGGUGGACACGGUGUCCAAGGACGACAUCAACACCGUCUGCGGCUUCACCCUCAUGCCUGAGAAGCCCCCGCUGCUCACCUUCCGGCCCCUCGACUGAGCCGCCCCCCUGCCCCAGGACAGGAGGGUGCUGGGC